AUGCGGUCUUCAACACAACAGAGGGCAGUGCAAAGCAGCAAAGAGCACCUGCAGAGCUUGUGGCAAGAAGGGGCACUGGGCAGUUGUCUGCAGAACAUCAAGAGGAAAAUCGAUGAAAUUGUUCCGUUUAAGGCCAGAGAGCAAGUCACGCGCGAGUUAGACAGACUAUGUGCGGAAGAGAUUAUUGAGCCAAUUCAGCAUAGCGUAUGGGCCAGCCCUGUGGUAGUAGUUCCGAAGGGAGAAGAGAUUAGACUCUGCGUGGAUUUCAAGGCAUCCAUUAACAAGUAUGUCCUUAAGGAACAUUACCCUCUGCCUAAUAUUGAGGAUCUUUUGGCACAACUUUCAGGCGGAAAAAUUUUCUGCUCCAUUGACCUGCAAAGUGCAUACCAGCAGCUAGAGAUCAUCUAUCGUGACAUAAAGCUGGAAAAUAUUCUUCUGGAUGCCGAUGGUCACAUUGUUAUCACGGACUUUGGGCUGUCGAAGGAGUUGACGGCGGAGAAGAAUGGUCGUGCCUACAGUUUCUGCGGUACAAUUGAGUACAUGGCACCGGAAGUGGUGAAGCAACAGGGCAAUAUGGGGCAUGAUUUUGCUGCAGAUUGGUGGUCAGUGGGUGUUUUGGCGUAUGAGUUGCUUACGGGUUCAUCGCCAUUUACGCAUGAGGGUGAAAAGAAUACGCAACAUGAUAUUUCAUUGCGUAUUCAGAAGGGUCCACCACCACUUUCGGACAAAUUGAGUGUGGAAGUGAGGGAUUUUAUAUCGAAGUUGUUGAUAAAGGAUCCGAAGAAGCGAUUGGGGGGAAGUAAGGUUGAUGCAACGGAUAUCAAGAGUCAUCCAUUUUUCCGGCGUAUUGACUGGGAGAAGUUGGUGAGGAAGGAAAUUCCGGCACCAUCUAGACCGCCGAAGGACUAUGAGACAGAUACAAGCAAUUUCAGUGAAAAAUUUACUAGGUUACCAAUUGCUGAGUCUCCAUGUCCGGCACCGCCGAAUCAUGAAAGAUUGUUCAGGGGUUAUUCAUUUGUGUCACCACAUUUGCUGAGGCUGUGGGAGGCAUUUAGUGGUCAAGUGUUGUACAGUCCAUCGAGUAUGAAGCCGAAAGUGAGGGAUUUGUUGAAGUUGGCGAGGAGUGAGUUGCCUUUUUUCCAGAAAUACCAAAUGGAUUUUAGUGAGGUGAUUGGUGAUGGAUCAUUUAGUAUCUGUGUGAAGUGUAUAAGGCGUACAACGCGUGAUGUGUAUGCGGUGAAGGUGUUGAAGGCAUCGCAUGAUGCACAGAGUGAAAUUGACAAUUUAAUUGCAUGUCAGGGUCAUCCGCAAAUUGUGAGAUUUGUUGAAGUUAUACGUGAUCAGGCUUUUACCUAUAUUGUCCUUGAGUAUCUCGAUGGUGGUCAAUUGUUUAAGAGAAUACAGCAAUCGAGACGUUUUACGGAAAUUGAAGCAUCGGGUAUAUUUACACAAAUUGUCAAAGCUGUGCAAUUUAUGCAUUCAAAAAAUAUUGCCCAUCGAGAUCUCAAGCCGGAAAAUGUGAUUUUUGCCAGCAAAAAGUCAAAUUUGGUUAAAGUGGUGGAUUUUGGAUUUGCUGUUAGGCAAGAUCCGGCUCAUACGAGUGUACCAUCAUCGGCUUUUACAUAG